AUGUCUGUCUCACGUUGCGGGCGUCUCGCUCGUGUCUCCCUUGGAGCACUCCGCACACCCGUCGCCAUCUCCGCUCGUCCUCUUGUCGCCCGUGCCGCCGUGCGGGGAGUGUCGUCGGCAAGUCGAGAUGCGCAGCAAAAGCUUCUGGCCUCGUCCUUGAAGGAUUCUGACCCCGCGGUCUUCAACAUCCUCGAGAAGGAAAAAUCUCGCCAAAAGCACUUCAUCAACCUUAUUCCCUCGGAGAACUUCACAUCACAGGCUGUACUCGAUGCGUUAGGUAGUGUGAUGCAAAAUAAAUAUUCCGAGGGAUAUCCAGGCGCUCGUUACUAUGGAGGAAAUGAACACAUUGACGCCUCUGAGCGUCUGUGCCAGCAGCGUGCUCUGGAGACCUUCCGUCUCAACCCCGAGGAGUGGGGUGUGAAUGUUCAACCUCUCUCUGGUUCCCCUGCAAAUCUCUACGCAUACUCUGCCGUCCUCAACACACAUGACCGGAUGAUGGGUCUGGACUUGCCCCAUGGCGGGCACUUGUCGCACGGCUACCAAACCCCUACCAAGAAAAUUUCCGCCAUCUCCAAGUACUUUGAGACUUUCCCCUACCGUCUGGAUGAAUCUACCGGUCUCAUCGACUACGAUGCGCUGGAGAAGCAGGCCCUGUUGUACCGCCCCAAGUUGAUCGUUGCUGGCACUUCAGCGUACAGCCGCCUCAUCGACUAUGCCCGUAUGCGCGAGAUUGCCGACUCUGUUGGUGCCUACCUGCUCGCCGAUAUGGCUCACAUUUCCGGUCUCGUUGCCGCAAACGUGCUUCCCUCUCCCUUCCCUCACUCCGACAUUGUCACGACGACCACGCACAAGUCCCUUCGUGGACCUCGCGGUGCGAUGAUCUUCUACCGAAAGGGCGUGCGUCGCACCGAUAAGAAGGGCAACAAGGAGAUGUACGAUCUCGAGAAUCCGAUCAAUGCCUCGGUCUUCCCGGGACACCAGGGUGGCCCACACAACCACACCAUCACUGCGUUGGCCGUCGCUCUGAAGCAGGCCCAGUCUCCCGAGUUCAUUGAAUAUCAGAAGAACGUCCUUGCCAACUCACAGGCGUUGGCUCAACGUCUCGGUGACUCGACCAGCAACGGCGGUCUCGGUUACAACAUCGUUUCGGGCGGUACGGACAACCACCUCGUGCUGGUGGACCUGAAAAACCGUGGCGUGGAUGGAGCUCGCGUGGAGCGUGUGCUGGAGCUGUGCGGUGUGGCGAGCAACAAGAACACUGUGCCUGGAGACAAGUCCGCGCUGAAGCCCGGCGGUCUCCGUCUGGGAACGCCUGCCAUGACUUCUCGUGGAUUCCAGCCCGAGGACUUCCGCCGCGUCGCUGACAUUGUCGACCGUGUCGUGAUUUUGACUCAGAAGUUGGAUAAGGCUGCCCGUGAGCAGGCCCAGUCACGGGGCGUGAAGAACCCCUCCACCCUGAAGGCGUUCUUCGACUACCUCGGCGAGGGUGAGGAGGUCUCAGAGAUUGUCAUGUUGCGACAAGAGGUUGAGGACUGGGUCGGCACAUUCAGCUUGCCCUGGGCCAAUGACCAGUAG